AUGCUAGAUGAAGUUUUCUUCUGUGAGACAUGGAAAUCACCACUAUAUUCUUCUGACCAUAGAAUGGUCAUAACAUACUUACACAAAAAUAAUAUUAUUUUCAACACAAAGGAAGCUAAUAUAAAAAGGAAACAAAUGAGAAGACAAGUAUUUUCUUUUGACAACAUGAAAGAAGAAGACUGGUUAAAAUAUGCUGAAACAAGCGACAACUUAUGGAAUGACUCUCAAAUGAAUAAAUUUAAAUUUCCUGAAAAUCCUGGUCAUCAUGAUUUGAAUAGAAUGUGGGAUGCAGUAAGAAAUACUCUCAUCAAAACAGCCGAAAAAACAAUUCCAAAACGAUGGGUAUCAGAAUCAUUCAGAGACAUUAAAUCAAAAGAAUUGAUCAAAAAUUAUAGCUACCUCAGGAAGGUUAACAAAAUUUUAAUUAAAUUCAACAAUAUAAAAAUUUACAAUGACAAAAUACCUUCUCAGACUGAAUGGAACAAAGACAUAAAGAUUUUAAAUAAUAUCAUCAAUAAUGGUAAAUUUGAAGAACUUCAAAUACAAGAAAGAAUACACAAUGGAAACAUAAAACAAAUAAAAAAAGAUAUCAAGCAAAUACAUAAAUUUUUAUACACUCUAUGCCAAAUAGAAGAAGACAAGUGGAAAGAAGCACAAAUAAA